GCGGGCAGCUACACCAUGGUGCUGGAAACCAGCAAGGGACGCAGGAGUGUGACGGAGCAGAUACAGGUCAAGGCCAACUCGGACGGGGUGUUGCUGCUGACGUUCCCAGGGAAUACAAACGGUGUCAUCUACAGUGACCUCAACUACUCAGUGAUCCUGCAGUGGGUGGCUUCCGUCAACCCUGAGCCUGUGCUACGAUGGACCUUCAAUGGGAAGCCUCGCGGGACUGGGGAGAAGCUAAUUAUUCAGAGGUUGUCCUUAGAGGAUCUGGGCACCUACGUAUGCUUCGCCGAGAAUAGCCAGGCAGUGUCUUUCUCCAGGCCUGUGACUAUCUCGCUGCCACAAGCCAAUGUGGAUCCCACAGACCCCGCGCCUGUCCAGCCGGACCCCACUCUCUCCCUGUCAGGAGGAUCUGCCAUCGCCCUCAUCGUGGCUGCAUUUGUGGGGAUCGUGUUACUGAUUGGAAGCAUAGUCUUCACCUUAAUCCAGAAGUGAAGGUACUUUCCGUCCCUCACUCCCAUCCACUCAGCCCCCACAAGGCACAGAACUUGCCCUGCAGCGAGACUGAAGCCAGACCAACGGCCUCAUCCCAAGGAGCUUUUAGCUCAUCCAGAAAGGAUGACAAAAACAGAAAGGAUGACACUGACCCCUGAUGUGCCAUCAUCCAUUCUCAAAGUGGCCUCUGGGGAACAAAGAGACAGGAGAGGGUUCUGGAGCUAGGGCCAUCUCUUUUGGGGGAGGGGACAGGGUAUUAGGUGUUUUCUUUUUUUUUCAUUUUUUUAAUGGAGGUACGAGAUUGAACCCAGGACCUCGUGCAUGCUAAGCAGGCAUUAUACCA